CUGCCUCGUAGGAGGGUGUCAGAGCCGUUGGUGCAGAAGCGUUGUGGCGAUGCCCUGGCUCUGAUGAGGAGCGCCUGGCAGAGGAGUGACAGCCUUGCCCGGGGACGCGCCCAGAGAGAGCCCUGGUGCUGAUGGACAAACAGACAGUUCUCUAAGCAGACUGACUGACUAGAGACGGACACUCGCAGACCCUCCUCAUCUUCUUCAACAUGCUGAGGAAGGGUUCGGAGUUGCUCCUGGCCACAGGAGGUGACAGGGAGGUGCUGCUCGAUCUGGAUUACGUGACGGGCAAUCGGGGCGAACCCCAAACCACAGACAGCUAUGGGAGUCUGCAGAACGGGGGUUUCAUCCCACCAAGAUAUCUUUCAGCUGCAGCGGCUUCUUCUGAUGAUAAUGACGAUGAUGAGGAUGACCCCAUCUAUAUACACUGUGAUAAAACGAGUAGCCGACCGGAACAACCACUAGGGGGGAACUACUUUAGAGAUGGAAGAACCAAAAUAGACUUUGUUCUAGUAUGGGAGGUGAAACCGAGAAAGCAUCGCUCCAGAUGGAGGGGCCAAUCUGAGACCAGCGGUCCGGAGGAGGUCGGAGCCAGGGCAGAGGAGGGGAGCAGCAGGUCUGAGCGGAGAAAGGCUCAGCUGGCUCGAUGGAGGAACAAAUUCACCCAAAACCUGCAGAAUGCCGGCAUACUGCUGGAAAAGGAGGAGACGGCGAGCGAGAAAAAAACCAUCCAUUAUCUGAACCUGAGCGCCCCUUGGGAUGUGUUGGUGUAUUACGCAGAGGAGCUCAUUCUGAGAGCACCCCUACAGGCCCAACCGAACCCAAACUUCAACACUUCUGACCGGAUCCUUCGGAAACUAUACAUUCCCAACCUCAUGGCGGAGUCCCUGCCAAACAGGCCACUAGACUACUACACUUGUGCCUUUCGCAAGUCAAAGAUGGAGAAGUUCCUCGGCUGUGAGAACCAUGACACCUACUUUACUAACACACAGAGACACCGUAUAGUGUAUGAGCUUCUGGCGAGAACGGUGUACGGCAAGAGGAAGAGAGCGGAGGUGGGCGUGGCUCGACUGCUCAACGAGGGGGCAUACACUGCAGCGUUUCCCUUGCAUGAGGGCCCCUUUGAGCUUCCAGAGUAUGAGGUGCAUCCAGAUGAGCUGAACCAGAGGCAGGUCUUGUUCCAGUAUUGGGCCCGCUGGUCUAAAUGGUACAAGUACCAGCCACUUGACCACAUCAGAGAAUACUUUGGAGAGAAAAUAGCCCUUUACUUUGCCUGGCUGGGGUUCUACACAGCCUGGCUGCUCCCAGCGGCGGUGGUGGGGGCCUUUGUCUUUGUGUCAGGACUCAUGUCCAUGGGGACCAACACUCCUGCCAAGGAGAUCUGUAAUAGUGGGGGCAGCUACCUGAUGUGUCCUCUCUGUAAGACCUGCAAGCCCUGGAACAUGUCUGAUAUCUGUCCCAUGGCUAAGGUGGGCUACCUGUUUGACCACCCCGGGACAGUCUUCUUCAGUGUGUUCAUGUCCUUUUGGGCUGUCACCUUCCUGGAGUACUGGAAACGCAAGAUGGCCACCUUGGCUCACCACUGGGACUGCAUGGACUUCCAGGAGGAAGAGGAGCGUCCGCGGCCUGAGUUUGCGGCCAUGGCUCCUUCUAUAGAGUACAACCCAGUGACGGGAGUGAAAGAGCCCUACUUCCCAGAGAGGGCCCGGCUGUCUCGCAUGCUCACUGGCUCUAUGGUCAUCGUCAUCAUGCUGUGUGUGGUUAUGAUUUUCCUGGUGUCAGUGAUUAUGUACCGUGGAAUAGUGAGUGUGAUGAUGUACCGCACAGGCAGUUUUGUGCUGCGCACUCAGGCAGGGAACAUUGCUAAUAUCUCCAGCAGUAUGGUGAAUCUGGCCCUGAUUCUGCUGAUGGGGCAGGUCUAUACUGCGUUGGCACUGCAGCUCACUAAAUGGGAGAUGCACAGAACACAGACCCAGUACGAAGAUGCAUUUACCUUCAAGGUGUUUGUAUUCCAGUUUGUCAACUUCUACUCCUCCCCCUUCUAUGUGGCAUUCUUCAAGGGAAGGUUUGUGGGUUAUCCUGGACACUAUGGUACCUUGCUUGGCAUGAGAAAUGAAGAUUGUGGUCCAGGGGGUUGUCUCAUUGAACUGGCUGAGCAGCUCUUCAUCAUCAUGGUGGGGAAACAGCUCAUCAGCAAUGUUCAGGAGUUUGUUAUCCCUAAGGUGAAGGCAUGGCAACAGAAGAGGGCGCUGAAUAAGGUGCGGGGAACGCAGAACUCCCAGGAGCCUCGGCGGUGGGAGGAGGACUAUCAGCUGGUGGAGUGCGAGGGCCUGUUUGAGGAGUACCUCGAGAUCGUGCUCCAGUUUGGCUUUAUCACAAUCUUCGUGGCUGCGUUCCCCCUGGCACCGCUCUUUGCCCUACUCAACAACUGGGCCGAGGUGCGCCUGGACGCCCACAAGUUUGUGUGUGAGUACCGGCGGCCUGUGGCCGAGCGCGCUCAGAACAUCGGCGUGUGGUUUAACAUCCUGGAGGCCCUGUCGCACCUGUCCGUCAUCGUCAACGCUUUCUUGAUCGCCUUCACGUCGGAUUUCUUACCACGACUGCUCUACCAGUACAAGUUUGACAACGAUCUGAACGGAUAUGUUAAUUUCACUCUGGCCUAUGCUCCUCCCAGCUACACCAGCCAUCCCAUGUGCAGAUAUAAAGCCUUUAGGGACAACAAUGGAAAUUACACUCUGAUUUACUGGGAACUCCUGGCUGUGAGGUUAGGCUUCAUCAUCGCUUUUGAGCAUGUGGUGUUCAUUGUCCUGCGAGCGAUAGACUGGAUGGUGCCGGACGUCCCUGAGUCUCUGGGGCUGAAGGUGAAGAGGGAGCGCUACCUGGCCAAGCAGGCCCUGGCAGACAACCAGGAGGCCCUGUUGGUGAGUCAUCGAGGUUCGGCCUCCAGCCAAGGCCUUUCAAAUCAAUGGUCAUCAGGAGAGCUGAUCGUGGACUACAGGAAAAGGCGGGCCUGUUCGGCCCCCAUUAACAUCGAUGGGGCUGUAGUGGAGCGGGUCGAGAGUUUCAAGUUCCUUGGUGUCCACAUCACCAACGAACUAUCAUGGUCCAAACACACCAAGUCAGUCGUGAAGAGGGCACGACAACACCUUUUCCAACUCAGGAGACUUGAAGAGAAUUGGCAUGGGUCCCAAGAUCCUCAAAAAGCUCUACAGCUGCACCAUCGAGAGCAUCCUGACCGGUUGCAUCACCGCCUGGUAAGGCAACUGUUCAGCAUCUGACCGUCAGGCGCUACAGAGGGUAGCGCGUGUGGCCCAGUACAUCACUGGGGCCAAGCUUCCUGCCAUCCAGGACCUAUAUACAUACUGUCAGAGGAAAGACCCAAAAGUGGUCAAAGACCCCAGUCACCAAAGUCAAGCAGUACCGGAGCGCCAAGUCUAGGACCAAAAGACUCCUUAACUGCUUCUGCCCCAAGCCAUAAGACUGCUGAACAAUUAAUCAAAUGGCCACCGGACCCCCCCACACACACACACACACUGUUUAUUAUCUAUGCAGAGUCACUUCACCCCUACCGACAUGUACAAAUUACCUCGACUAACCUGUACCCCCUCACAUUGACUCGGUACCGGUACCCGCUGUAUAUAGCCUCGUUAUUGUUUUUUUUUUAUUGUUACUUUUCAUUCUUGUUUACUUCAGUUUAUUUUGUAAAUAUUUUCUUAACUCUUUCUUGAACUGCACUGUUUAAGUAAGCAUUUCACGGUAAUAUCUACACAUGUUGUAUUCUGGGCAUGUGACAAAUAAAGUUUGAUUUGAGAGAAAGCCUCUUGAGGGGAAGGAGACAAGGAGAGAAAGCAUAUUAAAACUAUUGGGGGACACAGGCUCUUAUGUGUUCACUCACCUCACUCCAUUGUUUGAUACAGUGCCAAUAGUAAAACACCCAUUACCUCAUUAGGGAGUGUGUUAUCCAUGUUAAAUAUUAUACCUGUGGCUACUCAUUAGCUAGGGCUCCUGUUCAUAUGAAAUUAUACAGACGUACAGUAAGUCAUUAAGGAUAUGAAUUGAUGACUCGGUGUAAGUCCCAAAUGGCUCCCUAUUCCCUACAUAGUGCACUACUUUUGACCAGGGCAUCCAUAGGGCUCUGGUCAAAAGUAGUGCACUAUAUUUGGAAUAGGGUUCCAUUUGGGACUCAGGACGCUCAUUGAAUCCACUGUAAAUUUCCUGGAGUAUUAUGGGUGGUAAAAACAGGAGACAUGUUGAAGUAACUGCUUGACUGAAAUUAUCUAAAGAUGCUGUUAUUAAGUUACAUAUUACACUAUCACUGAAACCAAUUUGGUCUUCAUAAAUUAAUUGCAGACUUUAUAGCCUUUUAAAUGCCCCCCCACCAAAGGCUUGACUCAAUGCCCCCCACCAAUGGCUAGCCUGGUUGCUCUGUCAUUCAUACUCAAUAAAAUAAAAUACAAUUCAGAUUCUGUUGUCUGCCGAGUUGACAACCUAGUUGUGCACGAACAUGUGCGUACACGCACACACGCACACAUACACACACAUAAGCAAUGGCUAACCACACGCAAUGUUUAAAGACUGGACUACAAUGGUCAUAAUAUGGCCACAGAAAUGCUCAAGUGCUCAAAGCCUAACCCAUAAAACAUGAACCUAAGUUAAUGCAUCCAUAACGCUCUUCCCCUGGAAUAUGUAGUCUCUCUCUCUCGCCGCAUCCCAUCAGCACAAGACUGGUGCUUUCUCAACCAUUGUUUCUCUUUGUGGUCGUGUCAGUUGUGUGGUGGUGUGUGUGCUUCCCUGUGUUCUGACCAUGCCGUUUUGGUCGUUGUGUUUCUUGUCGUGAAGGUCUUGGAUGGGGUGAGUAGACAAUCUCACUCCUGCAGUCUGUUGUGUUUCUAUUAGGUAUAUAAACUGAGUGUACGAAACAUUAUGAACACCUGCUUUUUAGACUGACUAGGUGAAUACAGGUGAAAGCUAUGAUCCACAUGUUAAAUCCACUUAUUGAUGUCACAUGUUAAAUCCACUUCAAUCAGUGUAGAUUAAUGGGAGAAGAGGUUAAAGAAGGAUUUUUAAGCCUUGAGACAAUUGAGACAUGGAUUGUGUAUGUGUACCAUCCAGAGGGGGAAUGGGCAAGACAAAUAUUUAAGUGCCUUUGAACGGGGUAUGGUAGUAGAUGCCAGGCGCACCAGUUUGUGUCAAGAACUGCAACACUGCUGGGUUUUUCACACUCAACAGUUUGCCAUGCUUGUCAAGAAUGUUCCACCACCCAAAGAACAUCCAGUAAACUUGACACAAUUGUGGGAAGCAUUCGAGUCAACAUGGACCAGCAUCCCUGUGGAAAGCUUUCAUCACCUUGUAGAGUCCAUGACCCAACGAAUUGAGGCUGUUCUGAGGGCAAAAGGGAGCUGUGCAACUCAGUAUUAGGAAGGUGUUCUUAAUGUUUUGUUCACUCAGUGUAUGUAAUAUUCUGAUAUGAAGUUUGCUAUAUGUAUGUUUGCUCUUGUGUGCUUCAGUGUUCUCUACAGUUGUUCUAACCAAAGCUGUACUCAUGUUGUCUCUCCUUCCUCAUUUUCUCCCUGAACAAACUCAACUGUACUGUAUGCCUCGAAGCAAGCAACGCGUCCUUUGGCAACAUGAGUUAGAACGGUAGUGCUGAACUUCUGCACCAAGAGAAGCAGAACAGAUGGAGAGGAGGGGUAGAGGGAGAUAAGAGAUUCCUUUGCAUUUCGGGCCCCAUCAAUGGAUUUGUUUCCCUGUUGCUCUCCGUCUGUUGUCUAUGGUCAGUCUCUAGGUUUGUUUCCGGAAGGGAUGACUUAUCCGCAAAGGGCCGGUGUGGUUGCAGGUAUUUGUUUUAGCCAAGCUGUAACACAUCUGAUUCAAUGACCAACUUUUCAUUAAAACUUUGAUUAGUUUAAUAAUAUUUGUUACUGCUGGGCUGGGACAAAACCUGGCACCUACAGUGGCUUUUUGCUGGUAUUAUUGGCCAGAAGGCCACCACCUGGUUUUCAGUAUGUGAUAGUGGGUUUGUAUUAUUCCAAUUUUUUUUACUUGACUAUUAGCAGAUGACUUGACCUCCUUCAACUCUGAGGAUUUGUAAUGCUCUCACUGUGUUAAAAGGACAAGCUUGAUUUACUCAAACAGUAAUGUUGUCUACACUUUUCUUCAGACAGCCUGCUCUGUUGUGUGUAGGUAUACAUAAAUAUUUACAUAUGUGAAACUGGUCCUGCUUUUCUAUACUAUCACUACACUAUAUUUGUAUGGAGAUAAAACCCGAAACAUAUCUUGUUUAUCUUGUUGGUAUAAGAGUUACUGCUGUACUAUCAUAGGAUUGAAGUCCUCCUGCAUGUGUUACCUGUUUUGUGCGAACUGUUUUGCAUUUCAAUAUUAAUAAUGUUUACAUACUGUUUUAAUUACUUUAUAUAUAUAUAUACUGUAUUUUAGUAAUGGCUCAUCCUAUAUAACUACUGCUGUACACACAUUUAUAUUCACAUACUGUCCAUAAUGUCUAUACACAUCAUUCACAGACACAUAUACAAUAUUAUUUAUAUUCCGGACUCAUUUCUGGAAGCUAAUUUCUUGCAAUUCUAUCCAUUUUCCUACGUGGUUUUGUACUGUGUACUUACAGUACAUAUUGUAUUCUUGACAUAGCUCAUUGUAGUAUUUAUACUAUUGUACAUUGAAUUUUAGUUACACUGUUUAUAUACACCGCAUAUUUAUUUCUAUGUUGGAUUCUUGACAUAGGUCACACUAAUAUUUCUACUGCUCUAUAUAUAAUUUCUAGUAUAUCUUGUGUAAAUUCAUCCAAUGUAUACACUGUACUUAUAGAUUGCAUUUGGAUUACUGUUACAGUGCUAUUUUCGUUGUUAAUUGGAUUCGUUCCGACAUUUCUUGAUUUCUUGUUGUUCUUUCCGUUUUUUGGGGUUUUGAAAUGAAUUAUUUGUGUGCCUGUUUGAUAUUUCACUGCAUUGUUAGGUGCUACUAACAUAAGCAUUUCACUGCACCCGCUAGCUACAACAUCUGCUUGGUUGGAUGAAUUUGACAUUUUUGAUCCUCCAAAUACAUUUUCAAAGUGCUAGAUACUGCCGUUGUCAAAUAAAAUCUCAAAUAUGUUCUCAAA